ACUCAAUCAUUUGCGCGCAGCCAAACAGGAGAGAGCCUCAAGGCCAUUAGUUUAGAAGUUAAAGCUUCAUCCUUUUAUUUAGAGAGAGAGAGAGAGAGACGUUUCUGAAAACAUUUUUUUUACAUGUUAACGUUGUUGGUUUUACAUCACGGGACAUUUAUAUCUGUGUCUCUGUGAGUCAGCAUUUCAUUUGCUCUGUUCCUGAAUCUUUGGAUGUACAAAGAUCUCUCGCCUCCUCCAGAUCUUCGCCCUAUAAUUUGGUGUACCCGAAUUACUGGUUCAGGGUUUUUUUUUUUUUUAUAUUUAAGAAAUUAGCUUCUGGUGUGGAAAUAUACUUUAUCUGUGGAAAUGUAGCUUCUUAGUUCUGCUGGCCCCUCGGGUGGAAUAUGAAAAUAAAUUUUGCUUACCAUAUUGCAAUUUUGCUCAUCGAGUUGAAGCUUCAAUUCUAAUUCGGUGUAUCCAUUCUCAAUCUAGAUAUAUAGAUUUCCACCAGUAGAAGUCGGUAUAUUGCACCACGUAUUUGAUAGGUUGAAGAAGGCUGAGCUUUCGUCUGCAAUCAUGAGUCACCAUGGUGUCAUCUGUGUACCACAAAGUGAGACUACAAAAAGGAGUCAAACCGUCAUACUGUAAUUCCCCUUCCCCAAUCCAUGAUUUUUUGGGUAGUGAAUCACAAGGCAGGAGUGUCACAGCCAGUGAUUGUUCAUCUCCACGUGUGUCUCCUUUCAUACGGGAAAAAUCUUUUGGAUCUCCUACUAAUAUGCAAGGAUCCCCUGUUCAGCAUUCCAAGAGUGCGUUUUCACGUUCUUCUGUUUUCUGUACCAGUUUGCAUCAGUCUUCUUCAUCGAGCUCCGAAACCUCUCGUCAGCUUGGGAAUUUGCCAUUUCUUCCACAUCCUCCAACAUAUGGCCAGUCCAUUUCUGCUGUUGAUUCAAAAUCUCCAUUGCUUUUUAGCGAGGAUAAAAGCAAUCAAUAUGAUGACGAACAAUCGGAGGAUCUCAUGAAAGACUUUCUUAAUUUGCAUGGAGAUUCCUCACACGGAAACUUCCAUGGUAUUAGUUAUGGAAGUGACACUCUAGCACUUACAGAACAAUUAGAGUUACAAUUUUUGUCAGAUCAACUUGACAUAGCUAUCACGGACAAUGGAGAGAAUCCUGGGCUUGACGAAAUUUAUGAGAUUCCUCAACCCUCACCAAAACCGGCUAUAGGACUGACAACAUGUAGUGAGGGUUGUCGCUUGACAACACCGCUCGUUGAUGCUCUUACAAGUCACCCCUCUCCCGGGCCAGCCUCUGCACAUAGGCCAAGAAUGCGAUGGACGCCUGAGCUCCAUGAGCGUUUUAUAGAGGCCGUUAACAGGCUUGAUGGGGCUGAAAAGGCCACUCCGAAGGGUGUAUUAAAGGCUAUGAAUGUUGAGGGCUUAACCAUUUAUCAUGUGAAAAGCCACUUACAGAAAUACCGACUUGCCAGGUAUAUGCCAGAGAAAAAGGAAGAUAAGAAGGCCUCUAGCUCUGAAGAAAAGAAAGCAACUUCAACCAUUAACGAAAGCGAUGGACGUAGAAAAGGGAGCAUUCACAUCACCGAGGCUCUGCGCAUGCAAAUGGAAGUUCAGAAGCAACUGCAUGAGCAGCUUGAGGUUCAAAGGGUCCUUCAGCUACGCAUAGAGGAACACGCAAAAUACUUGCGGAAGAUCUUGGAGAAUCAGCAGAAAGCCGGCAGUGCUUUACUUUCUCCGCAAGCUUUGUCAUCACAGACGACUAAUUCCGCUCAUGUGUCCGCACAACUGCCUUCAUCAACCUGUGUAUCACCCCCACAACCUGCCGUGUCCGACUCAUCAUCGCCUCAAUCACUGAAGCAUAAAGCUACUGACUGUAGUGCCUCUGAGCCGCCGACGUGCACCAAAAAGCCCCGUCUUGAAGAGAGACCGGAUGAGGGUGUGGUCGAAAAUCCUCAAUUAUAACUGCUUCCACAACACCUACUCCACCUCGAAGGUCUCAAGUCCAUUGUUUGUAUCAUGUAUAGAACUUCCCAGCUUUUUGUAGCUAAAACUAGCAAUUGAAUUAAUAUUGCUUGAUUUGUAUCUCUUGACAGAAAAUUAGUAAUGAAGAGAUCAUCUUUUCAGUUCA